AUGGCUACAAGUACUAUCCUUGUACACUACCCGUCCGAGGAAGAAACCCUGCUUCAGUUAGAUUCCCAACCCAUGUCUGGAGAAAAGCGUUCAUCCGAGCAGCCAGCGCCCUUCCGUGGCGAGUUUUCUUUCGUCAAUAAGGAUGCUGGCAAUAUUGAUUCCAAAGACCACAAUGCUGCCGUUUCAUGGCAUGUCAUGAAUAGGUAUGAGCGAUGGAAAAAACAAGAUCAAGCCAGAAGACUGCGCGCCUCUGCAAAUGUGCCAGUAGGGCCACUUUCGACACCGUCACAACCGCAGCAAUCCCAACAGUCAUCGCAGCCUCAACAGCGCCAACAGCCCCCAAGUCUUCGUUCGCCGGCACCGGGGCCAGCUAUACGUCGUACUUCCUCUCAAGCGUCGCGAAAGGCACGAUUAACAGAGCAGACGCAGACGCCAUCGACUUUCUCGGCCAAUCCUUUCAGCUUCAAUCCUUGGAUGGCCGAACAGCCAUUGCAGCUCGGAUAUCCUGGCAUUAUCCCAGCUCAAGGAAGUGCUAUUGAUCCCCAAAGAUCGUCCGCUUCCACGCCUUCUGCUCACUCUGUGGUCACUGAUGAAGAUCCUUCCUCAAUGUUCACGUCGAUGAGCACCCCGUUAGACCUCAGCGAAACACUGUUCGACACCUCCGGUCUGUCUCUGAAUCCCCUCGUCAGCGGCUUAAUAAGUUAUGCGUACGACAUGUUUAUUCCGCAGCUAUGGCCUCAAGAAUCGACCAAAAGCCUGGUGACAUACGAAGUUUCGAAAUGCUGGGAUGACACAACCAUGAUAAGUCAAGAUACCUGCUACGCCAAUGCCUAUCUAAGUGUCCUUGCAGCAGCAAUGGCAAUCAUGACAGAUGACGAAAGCCUGGCAUACCAAUCGCGAUACUUUCAAGGUCAGGCAAUGGUGGAAUUGAGACAGCGAGCGUCCCAGCCAAAUCCUCCCGAGCUCAGUACGUUGAAGGCUAUUCUGAAGCUCUUCGCCUCUGAAACAUUGGUGGACAACACGGCCGUCGCCCGUAUGCAUCUCAAGAUGCUGCGGAAUCUGGUUAACGCGGCUGGCGGAGUUCUUCUGAUGGAUUCGUGGUUCCGUGAAGAUCUACUUUCGAGCGAUUGCUAUUUUGCUCUCAAGUACGAAACGCGUCCUCUCUUCCCUGCACAAGAGUGGACCCCUGGACCCCUCAGCCAACCCUGGAAAGCACGACUACUAUCGGCAGGGAUUUUGGGAGAGCAUGCAGCCGGCGUCGAUCCUCUGAUUGAGCACCCGAUCUUGAAAGGAGUAGUGACGGACUUGCGCGAAUUGUUCAAGACACGAGAAUACCUGCACCUACACGAGGUUCCCACGGAUGACCAACUGCUGAGAUGGCAACAGUUGCGCAAAUUUGACUGUAUAGCCAGGCUUGCUGAUCAUCACGUCAACCUAUCGAUCUAUCCCCACCUCUUUCAACAGCCCAUAACGCAGGCUUACUCCUGCAUUGCAACUGCCCUGAUGGCUUCAAUGGUACUUGGUUCACCUGAACCAGUGCGAUUCGGUCUCAGAUUGAUCACCAAUCUACGCGCCAAAAUAACUGAGAGUGAGUCGGAGGGGGAUAACACAUAUUACUCACGACUUCGACUUUGGGCUUUGUACGUGGGAUCUUUGGCGGAAAAGGUGCAUCCAGUGGGCACCGAGCACGAUCUGUGGUUUACAAAGGCCUACACGGCACAAAUGGCCGAGAUGCGGUUACAGGGCUUCGACGAUGUCAAAAAAGUGAUUAGACACUUUCUCUAUUCAGAACGAUUACACCAGGAGGUCGAGUCAGGUCGACCUCAUAGGCUGGUGGAUGCUAAACAGGGUCUGUAUUCAGUGUGUGGUACGAGUUGGAGAGAGCCAAUACUGCAGCCUGAACUGAUCACCGGCAGCUUCGAGCAGGAAGAUGCCGCGGGUAUGUCUGCUGGUGCGGGUAAAAAAAGGGCAGAUGAUUGA